AUGGUCUCCGCCUCGAAAGCAGCACGUCAGGCCAAGCGCGAGGCCGACGGCAAGGAGCCAAAGAAAACAGUAGCCUCCAAGGCCGCCUCUAAGAAUGCGUCCAAGGCAGGCUCCGAAGCCUCUUCCGUGAACGGCGAUGAGACACCACCGAUGAUGGAUGGCGACGGCGACGCCUUGCCAGACAACAAACAGAGAGCCAUCAACAACAGAGUCGCCAGACUUGCGCUCCAAGAGGACAAGGACGGCAUUUCUGACAGAGUCACGACAGGUGUGCUCGCGUCGCUGGAGGCGAGUCGAGACGUCAAAAUCACUUCAGCCUCGCUCGUGUUCCACGGCAGAGUCCUCAUCAAUGAUACUACGCUUGAGGUCAACUACGGCCGAAGGUACGGCUUGUUGGGCGAGAACGGCUGCGGCAAAUCCACUCUCCUCAAAUCGAUCGACAGGCGCGAGUUCCCCUUCCCUGAGCACAUCGACAUCUACCUUCUGAACGAGGGUGCUGAGCCUUCUGAUACCGGCGCUUUGGACUGGGUGGUCAACCAGGCCGAGAACGAGAUGAAGAGGUUGGAGGAUCUUGCAGAGAAGAUUCUUGAGGACGACGGAGCAGACAGCCCGAAGCUGGAAGACCUGUACGAGCGGAUCGAUGGCAUGGACCCGUCGACGUUCCGUACCCGCGCUUCGCUCAUUCUGACCGGUCUGGGCUUCAACAAGAAGACCAUGGAUAAGAAGACGAAGGACAUGUCUGGUGGAUGGCGUAUGCGUGUUGCGCUCGGCAAGGCGCUGUUCAUCAAGCCUUCCCUGCUACUUCUGGAUGACCCAACCGCACAUUUGGACCUCGAGGCAUGUGUGUGGCUGGAGGAGUACCUCAAGAAGUGGGAUCGCACACUUAUCCUCGUCUCGCACUCCAUGGACUUCCUGAACGGCGUAUGCACAACCAUGAUCGACAUGCGGCAAAAGCAGCUCAUGUACUACGGUGGUAACUACGACUCGUACAUUAAGACAAGGACCGAGAAUGAGGUCAACCAGAUGAAGGCGUACGAGAAGCAGCAAGAAGAGAUCAAGCACAUCAAGGAGUUCAUCGCCAAGGCUGGUACUUACGCCAACUUGGUGAGGCAAGCAAAGUCUCGUCAGAAGAUCUUGGACAAGAUGGAGGCGGAUGGGUUUAUCCAGCCUGUUCACCAGGACAGAGUCUUCACGUUCCGUUUUGCGCAAGUCGAAAAGCUGCCUCCGCCUGUGCUGUCUUUGGACAACGUCACCUUCUCCUACUCUGGCGAAUCGAAGGACAACCUCUACGAGAACCUCGACUUCGGUGUGGACAUGGACAGCCGGACAGCGCUCGUCGGACCCAACGGUGUCGGCAAGUCCACGCUCCUGCGCAUCUUCACUGGCAAGCUUUCACCCACCGGCGGCUCAGUCUCUCGGCACACCCACUUGAAGCUUGGUCUCUACAGCCAGCACUCUGCAGAGCAGCUCGACCUCACCAAGUCUGCGCUCGACUUUGUGCGUGACAAGUUCCACAGCGUCAGCCAAGACUACCAAUACUGGCGUCAACAGCUCGGCCGCUACGGUCUGAGCGGUGAGUCGCAGACUGCGUUGAUGGGUACGCUUUCCGAAGGCCAGAAGAGCAGAAUCGUGUUCGCGCUGCUUGCGAUUGAGGGACCGAACAUGUUGCUGCUGGACGAGCCGACGAACGGACUGGACAUUCCGACCAUUGAUUCGCUGGCUGAUGCGAUCAACACUUUCGCUGGUGGUGUGGUGGUUGUUUCCCACGACUUCAGACUGCUCGACAAGAUCGCAAAGGACAUCAUGGUAUGCGAGAACAAGACCGUGACAAGGUGGGAUGGCAGCAUCGGCGAGUACAAGAACCACUUGCGCAAGAAGAUGCUCAAGGCCGGCGGUGUCUAA